AUUUUGAAGUUGACUGUUCGUUACGGAUUUGGAGGGAAAAAGUGCUCUCAGUUAUAAUUAUUUUAUUUUAUAUUAUCUCAAUAUUAAUGUCUGGUAUCUGAUAAGUGUUAUUCAUAUAUUAUAAUGUCUCAAACUACGCUUACCGCGUUCUACAACAGCAGAAAAAGGCCUGCAGCGGAAGACAUCGCAUCAUCAAAACGCAAGAUACCACAUAUAGAACGCGUUCUGGAAAGUGAAUUAAAAUCUAAAGCAAAGAACAUCUUACGAAAAAAAUGUGAAACUACUGUCGAAGAUGGAAUAAGCCCUUCGGAAAGUAUCGCUCAGACCCAGAAACAUGACUCUCUAGCUACCAAGCUUUCCUCUCCAGUUCUUGAGUUGGGACAGACAAGCGCCGGUGAUGCCUUUGCCAGUAAAGUUAAUGCAUCUAAUAUUACUAAAACCACUCAACCCUCCAAAUCAGAAAUAGUGAGUUCGGCUCGUAAGGAGCUUAGUUUAGGGGAUAUCAGAAAGAAAUUGGCGAGCAGUUCCAGGUUGGCAGAAUUGAGAGCAUCUGCUGAAAGGUUGAGCAAGGGCAUUCAGCAGCUAAAGGAUGGCAGCGAAAAGCAAGGCAAACUCAGAGAAUUCAAAUCCAUUGAUGUGGAAGUACCAUCAAGUCCAAGCAAAAGAGCAAGCAAGAUUCAAAAUGAGCUGAUGUCUCCCAAGAAAGAAGUGCUAUCUGGUGCUGUACAACAAAGGCCUUUGAUAUCUCCUCGGAAGGUUGUAGUCAGUCCUGUGAAAAGCCCUAGCAAGGUUCCAGCAUACAUCAGACAUGCUGCUCUUGCCAGCAGCUCCUCCAACCUGCCACUCCCGCACCACUACCGGUUCCUCGCAGAGCUGUUCCGAGGUAUGGAGACUGUUGUGUCCCUCCUUUAUAACAGAAAUGAAAAAAUUACUUUUGCUAAAUUGAGGCCGUCUGUACAAGACAUGCUCAAACGCAACUUUACCGAGAAACACCUCGCUCAAAUUAAGCACUUAGUACCUGACUUCUAUAACUUUGAGGUGCAAAAGAUUAAGAAUUUCACCACCUCAUCCCAGAAAGAGGCUUUUGAAUUGAUCAUAUCCCCUAACUUUCCCAAUGAUAUUAAGGUAAUGAACCCAAGUGUCCUUCUAGAAAGACGUAGAUACUUCUUUGAUACCUUGCUCCAAGUAGUGAAGAGACAUCAUGCUCAGUACUUAUUGAACCUCGAUCCCCCAAUGGUGAUCCCCGACAACAAGCUCACUCGCUGGCAUCCUGAAUUUGAAAUUGAGAAGGUACCAGAAAUUGAAAGUGCCAAGCUUCCUGAAAUGCCUAAUGCUGAAAAGUUCUCAACUGCUCAGGAUGUCCUGUCUAAGGCAAGAGAAUUAUUCAAAUGUAACACAAAAAUGGAGAGAGCUUUAGAAAAACUGGCUCAAGCUAAAGCCAGAGGUCUUACUGACCAAGAAAAGGCUGCCACUGGCAUCAAGGACCAACCGACACAGAAUGCGAGUACUCAAGCCAGCCAGCCGUCAACAAGCGGAGUCACCAUACUGAAUCCUGCAUUAAGGAAUCUACCUGCAUCAUUGCUUGAAAAAGUUAAAGCUAAGCAAGCGGCUAAAGCACUGGAAGCCAUGACCAGGUCGUCAGAGCAUGAGCAGAAAUACCUCAUCUACUGUCGCUUGCCGGACUUAGCUAGAACCUUGAGAAACAUAUUUGUCACCGAGAGAAAGAAUGUGUUAGCCCUUAACAUAAUACUCUCUAAAUUGGACAGCAGUUUCAAAAGCAAGGUGUCCAACAAUGAUUUGCAAAGAGAUAUUAAAGUACUCACUGAGCAGGUUCCAGAUUGGAUUAAGUUACAUGAUAUCAGAAACACAACUUAUUUAAAGCUGGACAGAAAUGUUGAGCUUAAGAGCAUCACCUCCAAACUGGAAGCAUUGGCAGAUAAGUAUAAAAGUGAUUAGUUAUAAAUAUUUAUUUGACAUAGGAAUAGAUCCUUGAGACUGUUAAGUGUAAGUGAAUGUAUUGUUAGAUAUGACAUCCUACUUUAUUAAUAAGAUAACUCUAUUCAACUUUUAGCAAAAUUUAUAGUAUUCAAUAGUUUGCAUUCUUAAAAACUAGAUUAAUAUACGUUUUAUCUCCUAUCGUACAUCAUAUCUCAGUAUCUCAUAAUUAAAUUUGACAUUUUGGUUUCACACAAAUAGAAAUACUUACAUGACAUCAUAAAUU